AUGUCGUUUCGAUUCCCCUUUCCGGUCCCUCCUGACCCAUGGUCACACCGCGAGGAGGAGGUCACGCUGGCCCGAGUCAACUCUUCGCCACGAAAUGCCCGCACGGCUUCCGGAGCUGAGGUCAAUGGAUCUGCGAGCUCGAGAAAGGAUGCCUCGGGUGAUUCUGCUACGUCUGCCCCAGCACCACUUCCACAGAAAGAGAUGGAUUUUUGCCGACUCCGUGGCUUUCGAUACCUCGAAGACGACCCAGCUGUAAUCGGUGUUGAGCGACGACGGGUGCUGCGUGCAUACGAACUAUAUCUGGCGGAACAGUGGGCAUGCUUCCGCGAGUCUCCCAACACUCGUCAUAGUCACCAGUAUCACGCACGACCGAAGGAGACGGACGAAGACGGAAACUCCAUUGGCAACUGGUGGACUGAAGUCGGCGCCGAAUACUACAACAUCGAGCCUACUGACGGCAUCCUCGGCCCGACGACUGUGGCUGCAUUGCUCGGCAUGCUGUCCGGCGCAAGGAAUCGUCUCCACUACCUGGGAGCGCCAGUCGCCAAGGACGUGUUCGACAUUGAUUGCACGAAGCGAGGUAUUUCGUGGUUCCAGAGGUCGCAGAAGCUGGAAAAGACGAGGCGGCUGGACCGUCAGACAGUUCUCAAGCUCCACAGCGUCACGGCCAAGGCCGCAGCGGGCGAGGGCUGGGGCGUCCAAAAGGCUGUCAAAUCCACGGUGGCAGAAAUCGGCGGAAAGAGAGGCGAGCUCGUCAUCGGCCUGGUCGGUGGGCGGGACAAGGGCGCCAUUGGAGACAUUGAGACGCUGGACAUUUCGAAAUUCGUCGACCUGGUCUCCGGCGAACGUGCCAAAUGGCUUUGGCUCGGUAAGCCUAAGAGGACGGCGCUAGAAUCCAACGAAAAGACGCCCGACAUGAGCGCCAUCCUCUUUGGCGAAAAGGAGGCCAAGGAGGGUCUCGUGACGCCCAGCAGAAGGGUGCAGUCUUUGCCCUUGGAAGAAGAGGUCCAGCGUACCAAAGAGGAACCGGCGAAUGCCCUACACCCUGUCCAAACUCCUAUUCAGGCUGCGACUAUGAAUGAUGCCGUCUUGGGGGAGAAGGAUCCAUCGCGGAGGGGCGUGUUCAAGAGCGUGGCUGGCCGCGUCAGCGACGCCCGGUCUGGACUCGGGCGCAUCAAAGAUACCAUAGGUGGCAGUCGGAGAGGCCACGCCAGCCGGCCCAGCAGGGAUGAUUUCUCUGAUGGAGGGUAUGCGACCCCGAGCACGUCGGCACUCCAGCAAAACUCGGCACUAUCAGCUCCUCCGGUGGGGAUCAACAGAGCAUUCACCUGGAAGAACAAGCCGGAAGAAUACCUCAACUCGUUCAAAAAGGAGGCGGAGCAGGCUAACGAAAUCGAGAAGGGCGCAGCCGAGGGAGACGACGACCAGCAAGUUGCAGACCCGCCCUCGCGUGUCGGCAGCGAAUGGAGCCACGCCGUCAGUGAGCCGAUCAAGGAGGAAGACAACGACGACGCCCAGCCGCAAGAACGAGGCGAAAACAUCGAGGCAGCAUUUCUCCAGCGCCGGCACAGCAUCGAGUAUUCCACGCCAUCCCGCAGACCGGCGAUCAGCGAAGCACGCUGGCCGCGCCGCCUCUCCUUUGGCGAUGCAGAGGAGGCGGUGCUGCGCUGGGAGGAGGUCACAGGCCUGCUCCCCGACACCGCCCCGCCCCACGACCCCCUCGUCGCCCUCAAGCAGCAGGCUGGUGUCGCUGAGCUGGCCCGCGCUCUGUACGGCUCCAUCUAUUCGAUUAGCAACCACAUUUCACCCUGGGUCGUCACAAAGGUUGGGGCCAUUGAAGCCCUUGACGCGCACUACACGCGCGAGCACGAGGAGAUCCAGGGCCUCUACUAUCAGCUCUCUGAAGCCUACCAGCGCGUCAAGCAGGGCUCGUCUGAGCUCAUUGCAUCCGAGCGCGGGCGCCUCACCGAGGCCAUCCGGGAGGUUGAGGUCCUCGCCGCGCGGCUCGAUUACGAGGUCAAUGCGCUUGGGGGCAAGGUUGGGGAUGUCGAGGACGGCGUCUUGGUUUUCGAACGCCAGGUUGAGGAUGUCGAGGCGCGCGCGGAGGAGCUCAAGGCCACGCUGGAGACAGAGGGGUGGCUGCACUGGUUCGUGAGGACGUUGACGGGAAUUGGAACAGGCCCAAAUAUCACGAGGGGGGUUGCGGAGGCCGUGCCUCCCGAUAGGGGAAGCUGCAUAGCGUGGUUAUUUUCAUUUUGCUUACUUAGGCAUUGGAUACCCUUCAUGGGCGAGACGCUCAAUGACGAUUACUUCUUUUGGAUUCAGCUGCGUGUAGUGACAUAUUUUUCGUAA